AUGAGUUUUUCUUCUAUUGAAAUAUUAACACUGAUUUUAUUUGUGAUCACGUCCGUAGCCUAUGAUUGUCCAUCCUCGUAUCAUGUUCAGACCAAUUCAACAGAUAUAUCCUUCCAAACAUCGCCAACCAUUCAAAUUGUUUUGUCAAAACUUACCUAUAAAUUGACCGUUAUCGAUUUAAUGACACGAAAUGUUUUGCUGCAGAGCAGUCGAGAUAUUUUCGCUGGAAUAUGGGAAGGUACUUAUGAAACUAUCUAUUUCGGAUAUAUGUUUCGUGCUGGAUUCGAAAAAGAACAUCGAAUCAUUGGCAAUUUCGAAUCGUACUCAUGUUCUCCUGCGCCGAAUUCAAUCACAUUUUCGUUUCAGGGCUUUUCUUUGACAUUCGUUGCAGAAGACAACGAACGCAAUGUUCAUCUGCAAGUGACAUACACGGGAUUCAAGGAACAUUUCGAUCCUAAAUCGACACAUUAUGUCUUUCCGUUUUUGACUUUAGCAUUUCGAACACGAGAUAGUCAAGAAGAUUAUUACGGUUUUGGUUCCUAUUGGGGUUUCACGAGAUUCCGUGGAGAGAAAUUCUAUAGUUGGAGUGAAGAUGGGAGUUGGUCAUUUCUAAAUUUCUCCAAACGGAUACCUCAAUCCAAUGCGAGUUACAUUCCAAUGCCACUUUUUAUAUCGAAUCGUCAAUAUUCGGUAUGGGUAAACGAAAGUCGCCGUGUGAAUUUCGAUCUCACUUCUCCGAAUGAAUGGAUCGUUACUACCGAAUGGAAUAGUACGAAUAUUCAAUUCUAUUUUCCCAUUCCAAACACGACUUUACCAACAAAGUCGAUUAUGUCAAAACCGUUUGAGAGAUUUUACAAUCUAUAUCGAGAACAAAGUAGGAAAAUCAAUCCAGCAUUUACCGCAUUGGUACAAGCACGAGGUGAAACGACUCGAAUUCCACCGAUAUUCGCGUUUGGUCCAUGGAAACAAACGUCGAAUGUUUUGAGAAAUGAAACGGAAAUCGACGUUGUACGACGUAUGAUCGAACGAGAUAUUCCAAUAACAGUUCGAAUUGGUUAUUUACAUUUUUUUCUAAAAGGAGAUCAACAAGGUCGUGAAAAUGAAACUCUCGCAGAAAAUCGUAUUUACAACGCGCUUGGCGUCACAUCGUUAUGUUAUUUCAAUCCGUACGUAUCCACAUCUUAUACAAAAUUAUUCAAUGAAGGCUUAGAGAACGGUUAUUUCCUAAAGAAUGAAUCGAAUCUUCCAUAUCUAUUCCCAUAUUUCGGUGAUAUAAUUAGUCGACAUUUUUUCACUGCAAGUAUUGAUUUCAGUAAUCGUAAUGCUUCACUUUGGUAUCAGAAACAAGUUCAAGAAAGUAUCGACUUGGGAUACAAUGGAUUUAUGUUAGAUUUCGGUGAAUAUACUCCGGUGGAUUCCAUAUCAGCUAAUGGGAAAUACGGUCAUGAAAUGCACAAUCGUUUUAUCGAACUUUACCAGGAAGCUGUUUAUGAAAUGACAGUCAAUUCCACGGCAGUUGAACAAUUACUUCAUUUACAUCCUGACGAAUCGAACACAUUGAACCACAAUUAUCAGUCGGAUUUUGUUUUUCAUACGCGCAGUGGUUUUACCAAAAGUGCUCAGAAUACUCAACUACACUGGACUGGUGAUGCUAGCGCUGAUUGGAAUCCGUAUUCAGGACUGCCUGCUCAUGUCCAAGCAUGUCUCGGCGUCGGAAUAAGUGGUGUACCAUAUUGUUCUAGCUCGAUUGGUGGUUAUGUAUGUGAAUUUUAUCCAGAUUUAACACUGGAAUUGUUGACACGUUGGUUACAAGUAGGAACAUUUUCUGGUUUUAUGCACGAUGAAACAGAUGGUUCAGCUUGUACACAAGAACGUGUACAAAUCUUUACCAAUAAUCAAACUGAAUAUGUUUGGAGAAAAUAUGCUAAACUCCGUACUCAACUCUUCCCGUACAUUUUCACCAGUGCACAUGAAGCACAUGCAACGGGUCUUCCAGUUACACGACAUCAUUUAUUGAUGUAUUAUGACGAUGAAAUAGCCAUUCAGCAAGAAUAUCAGUAUACGUUUGGUAAUGAUCUGUUAGUAGCACCGGUAGUUCAUGAAAAUCAAAUUGUACAAGAUGUGUAUUUACCAUCAGGUGAACAAUGGAUUGAUUUAUCAACGAAUCUUGUUUAUGAUAGUAAUGUCGAUGGUCGGUAUCGAAUUGGCAGAUCUGAAAUCGUUCAAGGUGGUCAAUGGAGAAUGAAUAUCAGAGCAGAUCUAUUCACAGUUCCACUAUUUGCUCGAGCAGGUUCGAUCAUUCCUCUCCUUGAUCCAAGUGUAUUCACACUAAAUCAUGGUCAACCGAUUUCUAUCUAUGAUCGUUCAUAUAUUUUACAUCUAUGGAUUUUUCUCAAUGAAUUAAACGAUGCCACCGGACUAGUCUGGGACGGAUUAAAUAUCCAUAUUAGUUCGUGUAAUUUGAACAAGUCUUUGUGUAUCGAUAUCGAUGAUCCUUUGCAAAGAUUGUUGAUUUUACAAUUACCUUUUGACAAAGCGGCACGUUCAAUAACAGCGACUGGUGGGCAGCCAUUUGAACGUGUGAUGAGCUGGCAAACUGUCGUCAAAAUUGCUCCGAAAGAACAAUUAAAAAACUGUUUUACAUACGAUGAACAAAAUCGAGUUAUUUGGAUUGCAAUUAUGCUCUCAAAACAAUCAUCCUUCCAUGGACAAAUUGAUUUUUAA